AUGGCUCAGCAUUACAACCUAACCUCCCUCUUCCUGCUCACAUUUAUCUAUUUUAUGCAAGACCACAUGAUAACUACUGCAACUGCACGCCGCCUUCUAGAGACGCCUCUCCCUAAAAUUCUUAAAUCGGAAUUUUUGAAAGAUUCAACCUUGCAAAAACAUGUGUCAAAGCCCGAAAUUCUAACUUGGACAAAGCCAGAGAUACCCGCUGGUCCAAAGCCUGAGGGCCCAUCAGCUUCGAAGCCCGAGUUUUCAAGUUGGCCAAAGUCCAAACUUCCAUCUUGGCCAAAGCCUGAGGUUCCAGCUGCGCCAAAGCCUGAAAUCCCAACUGUGUCAAAGCUCGAGCUUCCAUUAUGGACAAAGCCCGAGAAACCUGCUUUUCCAAAGCCCGAAUUUCCAAGUUGGCCAAAGCCCGAGCUUCCAUCUUGGCCAAAACCUGAGGUCCCAGCUGCGCCAAAGCCUGAAAUUCCAAGUCUGCCAAAGCCCGAUCUUCCAUCUUGGCCAAAGCCUGAGAAACCUGCUGCUCCAAAGCCAGAAUUCCCAAGUUGGCCAAAGCCUGAGGUCCCAGCUGCACCAAAGCCCCAUCUUCCAUCUUGGCCAAAGCCUGAGGUCCCAGCUGCGCCGAAGCCCGAGCUUCCAUCUUGGCCAAAGCCCGAGAAACCUGCUGCUCCAAAGCCUGAGUUUCCAAGUUGGCCGAAGCCCGAGCUUCCAUCUUGGCCAAAGCCCGAGAAACCUGCUGCUCCAAAGCCCGAGUUUUCAAGUUGGCCAAAGCCCGAGCUUCCAUCUUGGACAAAGCCUGAGGUACCAGCUGCGCCGAAGCGUGCAAAGCCUGAGCUUCCAUCUUGGCCAAAGCCUGAGACACCUGCUGCUCCAAAGCUAGAGUUUCCAAGUUGGCCAAAGCCUGAAAUCCCAAGUGUGCCAAAGCCCGAGCUUCCAUCUUGGCCGAAGCCUGAGGUCCCAGCUGUGUCAAAGCCCAAGCUUCCAUCUUGGCCGAAGCCUGAGGUCCCAGCUGUGUCAAAUCUCAAGCUUCCAAGUUGGCCAAAACCUACGCUUUCUCCAACACACCAACCCGCUACUCCUUGA